AUGAAUAUUCAGUCUGGAAAACAAACCUUUCCUUACUUUUCGUUACUUCUCAUGAUAUCCUCGAUUGAGGCAUCUACUGUUGAUGAUCGUGUCCAGACAAAUAAUAAUGGAAGUGAGCCAGAUAACAUAUUUGAGCCGCCGCGGACGACCGUCAGAAUUUACAACAACCUCGAAGAUGGGACGCAACUAUCAGUUCACUGCAAGUCCAAGGACGACGAUCUAGGGCCCCAUAAUCUGGCCAACAGCCAAUCCUACGACUGGAAAUUCCGAGUAAAUUACAUGGGUACUACUUUGUUCUUUUGUGGCCUUACUUCCCUCGAGGCAACGGGGACGUUCACUAUCUUUGACGCGGAAAGGGACGAGGCCAGAUGUCAAACGAAUUGCAAUUGGAGAGUCAAGAGAGAUGGCGUCCACGGCUACACGGAGGCAAAGGGGAUUGAAGAUAUUUUUUUCCCUUGGCCAAAAUUUUCACUAAAAUAG